UUUUGGGCGGGAAUGGCCAACUGAAAUUGUAGCUACAGCCAACAAAUCAAUGUUCAAAUUAGUCCAGGUUUGAGCGCAUGAGAGAAAAAAGCCCUGAGUCAGUUCUCACACUCACAAAAUGUAUAUCAGACACAGAAGCUGCAGAUAGAGCUCAUGCCGGGGCAUUAUCUAUUUAGUACUGCUAAUUAUUAAUAGAAGACGACUUUCAACAUGAAAGAGAUCACUGAGGUUAUAGCACUUUUCCUAGGUUUUGUAGGCUGGAUAUUAAUUUUCAUAUCACUACAGGAUCAGUACUGGAAAGAAUCCACCACUGAGGGCAGCGUAAUAACAACCUCCACUUUAUAUGAAAACCUAUGGAUGUCUUGUGCAAGUGACUCAACGGGGAUCUACAACUGUCGAGACUUUCCAUCCCUUUUCGCUCUCCCAGGCUACAUUCAGGCCUCCCGGGCACUGAUGAUCGCUGCCAUUGUGUUUGGGACAUUUGGGCUCGCAGCGACUCUCACAGGAAUGAAGUGCUCAAAAAUCGGGGGAGAAAACUACAUCCUGAAGGGGAGGAUUGCUGCCAUCGGAGGAGUGUUCUUUUUACUACAGGGGUUAAGCACCAUGAUUGCUGUAUCUUGGUACGCAGCCAACAUCACACAAGAGUUCUUUGACCAGUUUUAUCCAGGGACGAAGUAUGAGAUCGGAGAGGGCCUGUACAUCGGCUGGUCCUCGGCCACACUCGCCAUCUGCGGAGGCUCCUGCCUGUUGUGUGCUUGCAAAUUCAAAACAACCGAUGACAAGAUACCGUAUCGAUACCAACAGUCCUCCAGAGGACACGCGCUGUCCACUGUGCAGACGUCGCAGACUGUGCCAAGCAACUAUGGAAGAAAUGCAUACGUCUGAUUGUUAAUGCAAAGGCGGGAAAAUCCAGCAGAGUCAGAAGAAAGUCAGAGAGACAGAUUGUUUUGAAAGAGGACGAACAGUGUCUAUUAUUCUCAAUGCACAACGAGAGGGCAUUGAGAGUUGGGAACACACAUUUCUAAUCACAGUAGUACAGUUAUAUGGUGACAGCGGUGAACUUGAUUCGGGGAUUUAUUGGCUUUAUAUAAUCUAAGCCUUUUAGGUGUAUGCAUAUGUAUAGCAUAUGUAAUGUUUAUAUAGUGUUAAAACUGCUUCACUACUCCUGCCUAUGUGUUGACUAUAUGUACAGUAGGGUCUCCUAUAUUAACCUGCUCUAUAUUUUCCAAUAUCUAAUCCUCUUUGAACUGUUUCAGUUCAAGUCUAUAAAGUUUGUGUUGUUAUAUAAAGUGUUUUAAUUGUUUGUUAUGUCCAUGCAUGAAAGUGAAUUCAGGUUGACACAAGCAGGUCUUACUUUGUACUAACAUAAUCAGCUGCUCUUGAAGGGGUCCCUUUCCGCUCAGGGCCCCUGGCAUCUACCUGCAACCCUUCAACAAAACAUGUUGUUAAUGUGCAGCAUAUUCAGAUGAUUCCAUCACCUCUAGAAGUUAAAAGCUCAAACAGAGUCCUCUCUCUGGGACAUGAUGGUAAAUCCAGAUAUCUCUUGAUCAAUUAUCUGGCUAAUCUGAAAGGAGAUACGUCUCUUUAGAGGAGGUUUCAAUAAUUACUAAGAGAUCCAUAAUAAUGAGACAUUCUGUGACUUCGGUCUGUGCCGUGGUCAUGACCUAAAUAUUUAUUUUUUAACCGGGAAAACAGGCUCUGACCCAAUGUGAUUCAUCCAGUGUGAUUUUAUGAUGAUUUCAAAUGUCAGUAAUGGUGAAGAAACAAAUGGAAACAUAGUCUUUGAUAGUUCUGUGAAUUUUGAUCAUAGUUUAUUUAAUUGUUUCUGUAAUCUUGCAUAUAUUUUUCUAGAUUUGUUUUAUACACAAAUAAAUGCCGUUGUCAGUGACAGAUUGAACUCAACCCUGAGGAUGUCAAUAAGAUAUUCUAACUUUCUAUUAAAGAUUGAUGAACGCAGCUGCCGAGCAAUGUUCAAAUAAAGGAGU